AGAAAGUACAGAGACUAGAUACCAUUCCAGUUCAUUCAUUCAUGGCUGACCAGGAUGAGCUUCAAAUUGUUAUGUUCCCAUGGUUAGCUUUCGGUCAUAUGAUACCCUUUCUGGAAUUUUCUAAAAGCUUAGCCCAGAGAGGUCACCGCAUAUCUUUCGUGUCCACGCCCAGAAACAUCGCUAGGCUCCCAAAACUUCCAACAAAUCUAGCGCCCCUCAUCAGUUUUGUGGAACUCUCCUUACCUAAAGUCGAUGGCUUGCCAGAGAACGCCGAGGCCACCUCUGACGUCUCCGUCGAAAUGGCUCCUUACAUUAAGAAAGCCUUCGAUGGUCUGGAGCUACCUUUAGCUCGUAUUCUUGAGAUCUCCCCUCCGGAUUGGAUUAUUUACGACUUCGGUCCUCACUGGUUGCCACCCAUCGCGUCCAGACUGGGCGUGCCAUGUGCUUUCUUCUCUCCGCUCACCGCAGCAACGAUUGCCUUCUAUGGACCACCACGGCCGAAGGCUUCAACAAUCGCUAUUCAAAACCCGAGAUCGAAACCAGAGCACUACACUGUUCCUCCCAAGUGGGUUCCUGCCCCUUCCAAUUUGGCGUUUCGUCUCCACGAGAUUCUAAGAAUAUUUGCUGGCGGCGCUGCCGCAGCUGCGAAUGUUUCCGAUGUCUCAGAUAGGAUUCGUUUCCGCUCGCCGAUCGACGGCUGCAACGUCGUGGCCUUGCGAAGCUGUACUGAAUUCGAGCCUGAGUGGAUCCAUCUUCUCCAAGGGGAACUUUUUCGGACACCAGUUAUUCCGGUGGGUUUCCUUUCGCCUGUGACACAAGAUACCGGAGAUGGUGACGAUGAUGCAGAUGACCGUUGGAUCGGAAUCCGCGAGUGGCUGGACAAACAGAAGGAAGGAUCGGUGGUUUAUAUAGCUCUCGGCAGCGAGGCAACACUGAGUCAAGAUGAAACAAACGAGUUUACUCUUGGGUUAGAGUUGUCCGGGUUACCAUUCUUUUGGGUAUUAAGGACGCCACCUGGCUCAACCGGGUCUGCUUGCGUGUUGCCGUCCGGUUUUGAGGAGCGAACCGGGGACGGGGGUUUCAUUUGUCGUGGUUGGGCACCGCAACUCAAGGUAUUGGCGCACCCGUCAAUUGGUUCUUUCGUAACUCACUGUGGUUGGAGUUCCAUCAUCGAAGCUUUUGGCUUGGGUUGUCCCCUAAUACUAUUACCUCUAGUGAGCGAUCAACCGUUGAAUGCUCGGCUGUUGGAAGGGAAGAAGAUCGGGUUAGAGAUUCCGAGGGACGAACGAGACGGGUGGUUGAGUAAGGACUCAGUGGCGGAAUCGUUAAGGAUUGUUAUGGUGGAGAAGGCCGAGUUCUUCAAGGCCCAAGCUAGAGAGAUGCAAGAGAUAUUCAACAACAAAGCUCGCCAGGAUCAAUACCUCGAUGAUUUCACUCAGUACCUGAGAGACCAUGGUCGUCGAAGCCCCAAGAGGACAUCUCAAACAGGGUUUAAAAACCCAGAAUCGGUCCAGGUCGAUUAG